ACCCCCCCGCCCCCCCCCCCCAACUGUUACCACCGAUCACGUGACCCGAGCGUCCGCCAUCAGCGCCGAGUUAGGAGGAGGAGCAGCAGCAAGAGGCGUAAGGCAAGAGACGAGCGGGGCAGCACUGUGUCAGCAGCGAUGUCUGAGUCGUACGACUUCCUCUUCAAGUUCCUGGUCAUCGGCAGUGCUGGCACGGGAAAGUCCUGCCUCCUGCACCAGUUCAUAGAGAACAAGUUCAAGCAGGACUCGAAUCACACCAUCGGAGUGGAGUUCGGCUCGAAAGUUGUCAACACUGGCGGUAAAACUGUGAAGCUUCAGAUCUGGGACACGGCGGGCCAAGAGCGCUUUCGCUCUGUCACCAGAAGCUACUACCGGGGAGCAGCCGGUGCCCUCUUGGUGUAUGAUAUCACCAGCCGGGAGACGUACAACGCCCUGACCAACUGGCUGGCGGACGCACGCACGCUGGCCAGCCCCAACAUCGCCAUCAUCCUGUGCGGCAACAAAAAGGACCUGGAACCGGACCGAGAGGUCACCUUCCUUGAGGCGUCACGCUUCGCCCAGGAGAAUGAGCUGAUGUUUCUGGAGACGAGUGCGCUGACGGGCGAGAAUGUGGAAGAGGCAUUCCUCAAGUGCGCGAGGACCAUCCUCAACAAGAUCGAGUCUGGGGAGUUGGACCCUGAGCGUAUGGGAUCGGGAAUCCAGUACGGAGAUUCGACGCUUCGACAGUUGCGGCAGCCACGGGGAGUGCAGGCCCCAGCCAAGCCUGACUGCGCUUGCUAGCUUUUGAAUUCCGUGCUCGGCUGCGGAGACUUGCAGGAAACGGCGAGGACCAGGAGUCGCUCCAUUCCAGCGACCCCCCCCCCCCCCUCUCCGUGCGGCGUAUGCAUCAACCUUCUGGCCAAACCUUGACUCCUGACCUUUUGACUUUGACGUUGGAACUCAUUACCUCCAAUCUCUGACCCUACGCCUCCCAUUUUCCCACUCCUUUCAUCUCAUAGAAAAACCCUGCUCCCUCAGUAAUCCCCCCAUGUGAUCGCGAGGGCACGUCCAUCAAAACCUGAUGCCACUGUCACUUUUGGUGCGGCUAAAAAUGAUCAGGCUGUCGAUCCGAUGAUUGAGUUGGCUGCACCUUAGUUAUUCAUAUUCUUACUUUUUAUUGUUAUUUUAUGGCUGUGGGUUGUGCUUCGGCCAAAAACGAAAGGUUAUUUGUUUUCUUGCCAAAUCGAAUCGGAGAGAGCGUGCCCACAAUGCAGUUGUUGGGAGCAGCGCCAUGUUGGGAAUAUUAACGCACUGACGGGCGGGGAAGUGGCGCUGCCCUUCACCUUUGCCGUCCACUUAUUUUUGGCGAAAAGGAGCCGAGUUGGCAGAAACGGGUGUCCUGUCCCCUUCCACGCCUGUGGAAGUCUUCCGCCCACCCGUGGGUUUGAUGUCAACGCAGCGCAAGAAAGCCAGCGGUGACUGCUCAAAGGGGCAACACCGCACCCACCGCAUGUGACUUUAAGUAUCUGUGGCUAAAGCGCCUGUUGUUGAAAGCAUCGCCAAAAAACAAAAAUUAGCUGGGUUCUGUUCAGAAGCCUGCAGGCCCGAAUUGGCAAACACAUUUGCUUUUGUGAGCUACUGCACACAUCGAAAUGCAAAACCUCUCCAUGGUUUUAUUUCUAUUGCAUUUUGGAUUUGCGAUCCGCUCUGGGAUGCAUGCCGUUGCGAUGCGUGCGCUGUGUAGCAGCAGAGGAAGGCAUUGAUAGACUUGGCCGAUGAAGUCAGGGAGGUCGCGUGGCGAAGUGGUCGUCCCGAACCCUCUCCCAUGGCUGAUGGUAGCGACACGUCAGUAGCCACUUCCUCAGCCGCCAAUACCGCCACUCUCUUCCACAGCCGCCUACACCUUUGCAACAGAAAAGGGCUGGGUGCUGAUCGAUCCAUGCCACAUCGGUUGUGCCCAAGAUUUAGAAUCUUGCACCAAAAACUAGAAGUUGCCAAUGAGGAAAUUAUACAUUAUUUCGCCUUUUUUCCUCAAAUUCCGAAUUGUUUUUUUUACAUCAAGUCCAUCUUAAAAAAAAGAAUGUUUUUAGACCGAAGGAGUGGUUGCCAUUGGUGCCAUGCGAGUUUGUGAAGGCGGUGGCACAAACGCGGGGUUCUCCAUUCCCGUUUCUAUUCGUGUGAGUGCAAGGGGUAGCGAAGUGUAUUAUUGCCAUGCCCGCCGUCCUUAAAUUAAUCUGCUGCAGGGCGUGCAGACUUUGUGCACCUUGUCUUUAAUGUAUGUUUCAGUUGGAAUUGGGAGUGUUUCCAACUUGGCUGUGAUUUGAAGGUUGGGUUUUUUUAAUGCACGUCUGGCUGUGUAACCAUCCGGCCAAGCACACACGGCCGUUAGAACAGAAGGUGUGGAGUUCAAAUCUCGGUUGCUUUUCAUCCCUCUUGGGGGGGUCCACAAUAUAUACUACUGUGUUGGAAGUCAUUUUAGGGGAUUUCCUAUGGAUUUAAUUGCCCCUUUCCACAGGAAUGUGUCAUUUGCACCCUUGGCUCAGGGUUGUAAAUGGGAGGUGAGUGCCACCCCCACUGCUUAGUUCAGCAGAAUUCUGCUUCGACUUAUUUUGCCUUUCUGACCAGUUGAAAAUCCAGCGAACAGAUCCCUCAUACCAAUCAUUUUACAGUGGUAAGGCAUGAAACGACGUGGUUUAGUGAUGUAUUGAAAUCUUUUCUUACACUCCCGAUGGAAGCAUAGAAUAGUGCAGAAUAUAUUUUUGUUUUCCCCAGGCGUCAUGGCAUGAGAUGAAGUGUCCGUUGGCAAUCUCGCAGAAUAGUGCGUCACCCCGUGUUCGAGAAUGCUCCAUGGAAGGAGAUGAUAUCACGGAAAUUGUUCUGAGAACUUUUCCCACGAUGAAUUGUUCCAUCACAUUACAGUCAAAGAAGUAUUUUUUUUUAAGUCUCAGAGCUGGGAUAUUUCAAAAUUAAGUGAAAAACAACAUUUACUUAAUAGAAUCUUGCAUUCUGUCAUUAGCGAUCGGCAUGAGACAUGAAUGCGCUUCACUUUCGAACCUGGUUUAAUCGCUGCUGAGGACCUGGUUUUGAAGCCAGGUUCUCAGCAUUGCCGGCUCAGUAUUGGUGUUAUCCAAGGAGCAUAAACCAUCACGUGAACUCCGGCAAUAAAACAUCAUGCCAUAGUUGAAAGCGCUUCGGUGUUCGCAGUCUCGGCAUCAUCCCCGUUUUCGGCGCCUUUCUCCACGGGAUCGCCGAUUCCGCUAGAGAGGUUACGACCCAAGUGGCCACGUUUUGUUGCGCAGUCAAGGUCGUCUUGUACACGCAUUAGCCUCUCUCGGUUAAUGCGUCAGCACUUUUCUCUUGGGGGGGGGGGGGGUGGGGGGGGAUAUGAGGUGGACAAAAAAGAGGAGGCUUUUAAAAAGAAAUAUUUAAAGGACUACUUUAAUGCAACGUCCGCUUUCCCGGGUGGGCAUGAGUGCACCCAUGGCGGCGCUUAUAAGCGUAAUCGAUGUAACGCGUGUCUGUGACCCGUCCAUCAUAUAACCGUUUUGAGUGUGUAUCAAACACACACACACACAUAUAUUACUGAAUGUAUCUCCCAAGUUUCUGUGUCGUUGGGGGAAAGCCUCUGUAAAGCGGGCGGUGGGGGGGUGAGGGGUUGAAAAAAAAAAUAAAACGGUAUCAAUGCACUCCCAUCUCAAACUGCUGCCGCGGGUCGUGUCUCCAGACGUUGAAAAUCAGCGUUGAACGCCGACCGGACGAGCCACGUGUGAGCCACGCAGCACCGUUAGCAAAUAUCAGGCCGGCUUGUUUGGUGGUUUUUUUUUCUUUGCACAAAAUAUUUGCACAAAACACAGAGGUGCAGUAACUGCACCGUGUGCAGCACGUGAACUGAGAACGUCUCCCAUGGGUUAUUAGCUACAGAGAUAAUACACACGAGAGGCAUAGAAACAUGGUCCCGUGUAUAAUCACAGAUGGAGGAAGGCAUCGAUCUUAACGUGAUUUUUUUUGUCGUAUUGUACUAAACACGUUGCCACUCUUCUUUGGAUGAGGUGGGGAGACUGCUGUUGAUUUCUGGGUAGGUGUGAGGAGGUCGAAAAAAUGAUAGGUGGAAUUACCCAUUUAGUCAUCUAUUUGCUCUUCAGGCAGGUCCACGCCCGAGCGAUCAGUCACAUGACUGAAUCACUCGGAAUCGCACACCUUAAUCGCCUCUUCACAAGUGAACGUUUCUGGUUGCAGAGACGGCAACGUAUAAACGACCGAGUUGCUCAACUGGCUUGGAACCCGCCUUUUCACUCGCCAGAAAUGCAUUGAAUCUUGCGUGCGAGACUCGAUUCAUUUCAAUGUGUAUGUGUUGUAUUUAAUUGGUUCAUGUUACCUUUGCAGCCACUAUAGAGCAGCUUGCAGCUAUAUACAUUGCUGUACCACUCACCCAGGAAAUAGUGGUGCAGUCUGUAGCAAAUUGUAUAGUCUGCGGCAUCUACUGAUGUCUGUAAACCCUGACCAAACUCGCCGAGUGGAACACGUUGGUUUUGCAGUGGUAGAGAUGCAUUUAACAUUAUUGGUUCAAAGGUUCACGAUAUGCGGCAUAUAAUCUAGUUUGUAAUUUAUUUUUAUCACGAAUCAUUUUCUAUGUAAUUGGGGUCCCAUGUGAUUGCUGCAGCCAUUAACUUAACAUUGCUACAUUCGCCUCUGUUGAAAAAAAAAAUCUUGAACUGUGAUCCUGAUUUGUGAUCAUUCAUCAUAACCUCCCAGUGGACGGGGGCGGUGGUGGGUGGCUGUAGCUCACUGCGCCUCUUAUCGGUAAAUUCAUCUUUGGUACACGGUUUUUAUCACUGCGUGAGUUUGAAUUGGAAGUGCAUUAGCCAUAAUUUUUGUUGUUGCCAUGCUGAAUGUAAUGCGUUGAAACUUUACGUGGCUAAAUGUUAUAUUUUAGUGUUCUGUGACAGCCUCUCCAUUGCCUUUGUCUUUUCCGACAUAACCUUGCCAGAUUUUAGAUGUCCCUGUUUUUUUACAUUCAUUGCCGUUAACAUAAAUUUACACGACUUCACACAAGUAGAUUAAAAAAAUCCGUUUCAUAUUAAUCCUACAAAUAACAUGGGCACAUUAACCGAAAAGGUACAAUUUUGGAGGGCUAAAGUAAAACGGAAGCAUUUUACGGUGAGGCUUGGCCACUUGCUGAAUUCAUGGAGCAGUUGAGGAAAGGGGGCGUGUGCUUUCAUUCACAAAUUGCUACUUAAAUCUUGACUUAAAGCUUUCGUGACUGCAGAAAUGCAUAUUCUUUAGGUCUUUCGUUAAAGUCACAGAUAUGUUCAAAGAAAACAAAAAACUACGACGUUUCGAUCGCAACACAAGCGUCGUUUUUUGUUAUUUUCUUUGAACUUAUCCACCUGACUUUACCGAAAUACCCAAAGAAUAUAAAUUGCUACUUGUGAUCAAUAAGCUGUGUGUUAUAAUGCCAUUGUGAUAGCUGCGCUGGCGAUCACGGGUGUGUAUUGCGAUACUUUAGCUGUGGGGAACGCAGAUAUCACCCUGAUGCCUGGUUUAUCUUGAGGAAUACAUAUAUCACAGGCAUCGCUUGUAUCAUCCAUUUAAAUGAAUAUCCACAUGUAAAUAGGUAUUCCCAUGAUCGGUUGUGUUUAUUUGUAUGGGAUAAUGGUGAUCCCCGUUAGUUAAGCUCUUGGCCAUUGUCGGCAACAUGAAGCUAUUGCCACUUUGACCAAGCGCCUUGUGAUGUAGGCAAUCCCAUCGCAUUGCCAACCGCGACACAAGGCGGGAGCAGCCAGCAGUUGUAACGGUGUAGAGGUUUGUGAAGUCUGUAGAGCGAUUGCUGAAUGUUUACGUUGAUGUUGGAACCAAAUUUGAUGAGAGAUGAGGACAUUUAACGAGGUCUCAUGAACACCCAUGUUUGUUGAUGGCCAUUUAAUAACAAAACAAAAAUAGUGUUUUUACGGCAUGAUUUAGAAGGGUAACAUUUUUCGUGAAUGCGAUGAAUUUUAAUCUUUGUUGAUUGCCAUGGUGGCCAAUUCUUAAAAUGUCCUGCAGUGUAAGUUAAAUGUUUCUUAUUUUGAAUAUCCAUUAUAAAUUAUUUUAUUCGGCCUGGCUGUCGGUACACAAAAGUAAAAAAACGUCAAAAAUACACGUCAGCAAGCACUGGUCUCGCGUAGAUCAUCCAAAGAGUGUUCUUGUACUAAAUGGUAAGAUGCCGGAUGCGUCAUCGCAGAUAUAAGCUACAGGGCUCUGCUGGUUAGUGAUGUAACAGGGUACCAACAUUGUUAGGAUAUUCAGAUCCUGACCAUACAGUUUCAUUUACAAUCGUACAUGCAUGUGUACAGUCGUUUGGUCAAUUCACUGCUGGUUGAAGGCCUUCCCCCCCAUGCAGUGCCGUUUGUGAGGGGUUAUUUGACCAUACUUUACCCCCCAAAAAACAUAGCUCUUGUCCUGCAGAUACUUAAGCACAUCCGUACCCUUGCUUAGAGAAUUUUGCAACUUCAUUAGGGAAUUUCUUUAUGAAAACAAAACAAUUUUGAGCCACUUUCAAGGGUGCCAUGGUAGAGGUGUACACCACAGUUUUUGUGCUAUAUCGUCUUAAUAUUUCACUAUCGUGAUGUCACUUUGAGUGCUGCAGUGGCAACCUUGAAAGUCAAGUUAAAGUCCCAUUAAAGUUUCAAACUUUUGUCAGACAGCUAAGAUAUACAUCUUCAAGAUUUAAGUUAUUUGGGUUUUUUUCUGGUUCAGUUUUUAAAAGGAGUGCUGUACCAUCUUUAUUAACCGUGGUGGCGGCGGCAGCAGGAGCAAUGCGGAUGCGAGUCAUAUUGUGUAAAACUUAGUAUUUCUCUUAUUAAUGUUGACAACAUGCAGCCCCUGGCUUUUGGGGAGGGUUUUUUUUGUAUGUGUGAUGUCAUCGGCAUUCCUCCCGUCGUCGCAACAGUUGUCGCAAAGUUUAUUCUCUUAUUGGUUAAAACCCCUGGUUCUCCCGUCUUUUUUUUGGUAAAGUAUCCCUUCCCUCCCCCAUCCUUGUGCACAUUCAAAAUGUAUAUUGCCUGCAAAGUCGGCCAUGCCGUAGCUUGCAUCCCUUCCUGUAAGGCUGCAGGGUGCAACCCUUGGGAUUGAGAACCUGCUGGGUUGAAGCAUUCGAAGUGUGCGCUCUGUUGACCCUACGAACGUCGACUCAUUCGGCUAGAGCGGUUGAGCCAGACCUGACAAAAUUAUGCUGAAGGGACGAUGCUUUAGUACAUGUUUAAUGCUGCAGGUCGUUAAAGCUUUUUUUUCCACAUGCAUUUUUUUAAAUGGAAUUAUUGCCAACACAGGAGAGAGAAAAAAAUGUCAAGGCAAAAAGUAAAGAGCGAGUGUGGCCUCAUCAUGGAGACCAAUCUGUUUUUAUUCUAGCAAUACGUUUUGACGGGUUGGGGCCAUCCUUGACCCGAACGUAUCACCUAUGAAUUUCAGAUUGUUGAAUUGAUUUACGUAGGAUUAUUUAGGCCAAAUAAAAGCCAUCUUCAUUUCUUAUUGAAAACAGAAUUGUCAAAUAAUGCACGCUGAGGUCCUGAAAGAGAACUUGCCUUUUAAAAUGCCAUCGCGGGCCACAUCGUAUUCUCUAAAUGGCUUUUUGUUUUUUAUACAUGCUGAGAAAUGUAUCAUACAUGCCCUCUGUUUGGGAAUUUAUUGUGGGUGGGUUUGAAUCUGUCCAUGCAGUGCAACCUAAACACUUUGCGCCUUCACGUACAUUAUUUGAUGGUGAUCAUCUGCAGAAGUUAACGCUGCUCGAUUGGGAUUCUAACUCAUUGGAGUGAACAUGAGCUUUUAAAAUGUACGAUAUGUAUUGUAAGUGACAGGCAGAUGAACCACUAGCAUAACUGCCCAAAACGGCCACUCAGACCAACAGUCACUCGUAGCUUAAAGACAAAUUCCCACGUGUUUAAAUAUUUACUUGAGAUGAUGUAAUGUUGAUGUCCUGUUUAUUAUUAUUACUACUGUGUUAUGCACGCCUGUUUAUGAAUGAUACUUCACACUCUCCCUUACCUGUGCAGAUUUGUAUAUUGGGAUUUUUUGUAGUUGCUGCAUCAGCAUUUUUUUCAUUUUUUUGUUCACAAGUACGUAAAUGAAAUAAAAAUUCCAUUAACGAUUA